UUAAUAAAGGGAGAAACCCUAGUGCAGUAGUCCUUAAACUAAAAACUCUUCCUUCAGAACUCGGGUGUUGCUCAGAGGGAGUGCUCAAGCUACUGCCGCUGCAGUGUAGCCGUCGCCGGAGUGCCGUGUCCAGUUGGAGUGUGUUCGUGCGUUCUGUGUUGCCGUUUUCCAGCAGGUUAAAUGGCAAUGCCGCUUGGACUUGAGGAUACAAUGAUUGAUGAUGAAACUGAAGAUCUGGGAGGGGAAAUGUCACCAUCUGAAUCAGAAUCGGAAGAAGAUGUGAAAUUGACUGAACCAUCUAAAAAUGCAAUAUAUAACCGAGAUGCUCUAUUAGAUAAACUUGGCGACAUCAGUUGGGCAGAGGAUGUUGAAUGGAUACACAAACUCUCUCUUGAUGUCGAUCAAGAGCAAGAAGUAGAUGUCAACGAUGACUUGGCACGAGAACUUGCGUUUUACACACAAGCAUUGGAGGGAACAAGGCAGGCCUUUGAGAAACUUCAGUCAAUGGGUCGCCCUUUUCUGAGACCUGCAGACUAUUAUGCAGAAAUGGUGAAGACAGAUAACCACAUGGAAAAGGUGAAAGGUCGGCUAUUAGCAGAGAAGCGAAAGAUGGAAGAGGCUGAAGAGCGAAGAAAGGCGAGGGAGGCCAAGAGAUUGGCCAAAGAGAUUCAGGCUCAGAAAUUAAAAGAAAGGGCUAAGCAGAAAAAGGAGGAUAUUGAGGCUGUUAAGAAAUGGAGGAAGCAGAGGCAACAAAGUGGGUUUGCUGACAAUGCCGAUGAUGCAGACAUGGGUUUGAACUUUGAAGAUGGAAGAGCGUUUGAGAGGUCAAAGAAGAAAAGGCCAGGAGUGUCUCCAGGUGAUCGAUCAGGAGGGAAAGCAAAGCAAACUGGUAGAAAAGGAAAGAAACAAAAGAAUAGAGAUCUAAAGAAUUCCAAAUUUGGUUUUGGAGGCAAAAAGGGAAUUAAGAAGCAGAAUACUGCUUACACCACCAAUGAUUUUAGUGGAUUUAAUAAGGGUGCUGCUGCAGGAAAUAAGAAGAGGAAGAGGUAAAAUGCUACAUCUUCUUUGAGAUGUUUUGAGGGAGUUAUCCCAUGGAAUGUGACAAUGGCUGUAUACGAGGAAUUUUUAUUUACUCUUUUAGUUUUAUAUUUUGCAUGUAAUAGAUAAGCUUUAUUGACAAUUAUAAAUUACAUAUCUAUUCCAAUCUCUGACGCUUUGUUCUGUU